AUGACUCAGGAAAACAAGAAAAUAUCAUUUGGCUUUUCCAGACAGUCAUCCAGACAGCCUCUUCUUAAAGCUCCAACUGAAGCUAAAGUCAAAGAUGGAAAGGAUUAUAUUAAAUGCAUUGAUAACAAGUCAAUAAAACUUAUCAAUGAAACAAAGGUCGUGAAUGGUCCGCUGGUUAUUCCGCUAAUAGAAAGCAGUAAUAGUUGGAAAAAUAAACUUAUAGAAAAAUUAAAUUCAAAAGAUGUAAAUACUUCAUCAGAAUCUUCUAAAAAAUUAAAUUCUACAGAAGCUUCUUCAAAAAAUUUUAAUUCUACCUCAGAAAAUUCAAAUUCUCCAGCUCCAGUAUUAAAAAAUUCAGUUGCAGCUUCAGAUAAUUUAAAAUCAUCAUCAUCAAAAGAAGAAAUAGAAAUAAUAGAUGUAGAAAAAAUAGAAAAAGUAGUCGAGGUAAUAGAAAUUGAAGAAAAUGAUGAAGAAGAAAUGGAAAUAUCAAAUGUAAGUAAAUUAAAUAAAGUAGAAAUUGAUGAAAAAGAAUGGGACCGUCUGGCUGCUGAAGAAAUAUUAAAAGACAGCCAGAAAAAAAUAAAAGUCGAAAAAGGGAGUGACUUUAAAAUAGAAAUUUCUGAAUCUAACAUGUUGUUUGUUGGUGAGGAAGAGUCAACUCUGGAUGAUUACGAAAGAAUUCCAAUAGAUCAGUUCGGGAUGGCGAUGCUGCGCGGAAUGGGCUGGCAUCCUGACAGAGGAAUCGGUAAGAAGCCCCAGCUGGUGACUACAGAGGUCCCGCUGUCGCGGCCAAGAGGAAUGGGCCUGGGAGCUGACAAGGUGGUUAAAAAACCUUCGAGCUCAGGUGAUAGCAAAAAAGAGUUGAAGCUGGAGAAGGGCUGCUUCGUUAAGCUGAUCGCGGGCAGGUUGAUGGGACACUAUGGAGAGGUCAAGGGCUUUGAUGAGGACAAAGGCCGAGUUAUGGUCAAGCUAUCUCUGCUGGAUGAUGUUCAGACGUUCAGUGAGGUGAUGCUUGACCCGGUCUCCAAGGAUGAGUUCGAUAAGAAUUCAAAGGUUAUCAAUAUUUCCAAGUACGAGGAGUACAAGAACAAAACUCAAGACUUGGAGGAUGGAAGGAGCAGGGUCAAUGGUCAUGUUGAGAGGGAGCGCGAUGAUGAUAGGAGAGACGUUUCUUAUUCCUCAAGGGACAAGAGGAGAGAUCGGGAACGCAGCAGGUCCAAAGAGAGGUCCAGGGGUGGUAAAAAUAAAUAUGAGAGAAGAGAUAGGGAUAGAAGUAGGUCCAGGGGAAGAGAAAAUAAACAUGAGAGGAGAGAUCGUGGGAGAGACAGGUCUGGGGAGAGACAUAAACACAAAAAGUCCAAGCAUCACAAAAAACACAGACAUUGA